ACCUGCAAAAUCUACCACAUUGCACCGUCACACAAGCGCCAACCAAGCAUAACCUUCUUUACACCAUCAACUCUCAAGUCAACAUCAAGAUGCCAAUCAACUGGAGCAACCGCGACACGAUGGACAGGCUCUGGGCCGCAGUCCUCGCCUCAGGCAACCACACGAUCAACUACAACGAAGUAGCCCGCAUCUUCGGCCAAGGCGCCACAUACAACACGGUCGAAUGCCAACUCCGCAAAUUCAAGAAAGCCGCCGCCUCGCUCAAGAAAGAAGCAUCCGGCCGCGAAGGCCCGGCUCCUAGUCCCGCAAAGUCCCGCGCGAAGAAGACAGAUGUCAAGGUCACCAAGAACGGCGUGAAGACUGGCCGCGUUACCAAGGCGAAGGCGAAGGCGAAGGCGGGUGGGAAGGUCAAGAAGGAGAUGUCUGUCGAGAGCGAGGGCGACGAUGUCGUGGACACUGUUGAGGGCGGCGCUGGACGCGAUAGCAAGAUCAACAUUGAUUCUGAGGACGAGGACAAUUGGUUUGUCUAGGUUUUGUCGCGUUGGGUCUUGGGCGCGUUGGGGCAGUGCGCAUUCUAUUCUAGUCUAUCCUGCUUGCUCUGAUUUGGUCAGUUCGAUGGCAUGGCUUCAGGAUAUGGAAACGCGUACGGGGAAUAUCGGAUGCUUGGUGGUAGUGGGUAUGUAGCAUGCC